CGCGCUUGCGCAGAGGGCUGUGCUGGGAGGAAAAGACUGGGGAAGAUUCACAAUAUCUGAUUGUUCCCGACAAAAGGCGUCGUUUGACGUUUACGAAAAAUAACAACGGUUGAGCUUUACUGUAACGUUUUUUCGGUGGCAAAUAAAUGGAUGAGGUGGGUAACGAGUUAUGCAAUUUAUUACAGCAGAUCGACGCAGAAAUGAGCAAAAUAGUGGCUGAUUGCUAGCAAGACAGCGUAGGCGACGCAUGCACUGGAAUACGAAAAUGAUGUGAAGAGGACAGCAUGUUUUUAUUACGAAACCCCACACAAUCGGCAUGAAAUAAGACUGUCUCAUCCAUCGCCUCUUGGAUCAAGUCGUUCAAACCCCGAAUUACGGAUUGGGUGCACAAAGGGAAUACAAUAAUAAGACUGUCCAACAAUGCCGAAAAAGUGGACCGCAGUAACACCGUGCAGAUGUCUCCAUUUCGUCGUGUUGGUUCUGGUGUUUCCCAGAUGUGUGCUGUCAGCUUCGGCGGACAAAAACAUGGUCAAACAGGACGACUAUUACAGCGCCACGGUGAACAUCACGGUCCUGGACUCCAAGGGCAACCCAAAGCAAAUUCUGUCAAAAGACGACGGGAGGUACGGACAGAGUUCAUUGAAAACUGAAGCCAAAGGAAUUGUGAUCGCGCCAGCUCCCAUUUUCGGAGUGGUGGACCGUAAGGGCUGUGACCCCCACACCCACUUCAUCGUGCCCCCCAGGACCACGCACUGGGUGGCGCUGCUGCAGCGGGGCGUCUGCACCUUUAAGGAGAAGAUCCUCAAAGCGGCCGCCUUCAAUGCCUCGGCCGUGCUCAUCUACAACAACUCCUCCAAGGAGGACACCGUCACCAUGGCGCACGAAGGCACCGGGGACAUUGUAGCAGUGAUGAUCACAGAGUCCUACGGGAAGGACAUCAUCAGUCUGCUGGAGAAGAACAUGACGGUGGUGGUGAGCAUCAUCCUGGGGCCGCGGGGCCCCCCCAAGAACAUCAACCGCGGCUCGCUGGUCUUCGUCUCCAUCUCCUUCAUCGUCCUCAUGAUAAUCUCCUCCGCCUGGCUCAUCUUCUACUUCAUCCAGAAGAUCCGCUACACCAACGCUCGCGACCGGAGUCAGCGACGACUCGGCGACGCAGCGAAGAAGGCCAUCGGGAAGCUGACCACCCGGACGGUGAAGAAGGGAGACAAGGAGACGGACCCCGACUUCAACCACUGCGCCGUCUGCAUCGAGGGGUACCAGCUCAACGAUGUGGUGCGAAUCCUACCCUGCAAGCAUGUCUUCCAUAAGAUGUGUGUGGACCCCUGGCUGAACGAGCACUGCACCUGUCCCAUGUGCAAGCUGAACAUCCUCAAAGCCCUGGGCAUCAUGCCCAACCUUCCGUGUGUGGACAACGUGGCCUUCGACAUGGACAGAAUAUCCCGGAGUCAGACAGCCAGUCAGCGGACCGCGCUGGUCGACCUGUCCAGCGAGAACUCAAUCAGCCUGGAGCCGCUGAGGCAUUCUGGGACGUCCCAGAUUCCGUCCGACGGGGAGCUGACCCCGCGCACCGGAGAGAUCAACAUCGCCGUCACCAAGGAGUGGUUUAUAAUCGCCAGCUUCGGCCUGCUCAGUGCCCUCACCUUCUGCUACAUGAUCAUCAAAGCCACCGUCAGCUUCUCCGCCACCGAUAUUGAGUUGGAUUGAAGAACCCUGUAAAUGCACUGAUCCAUAUACUGUCUUCUGGAACUUCGCUUUGAGAUUUUUCUUGUUUUAGCUACUUUUUCUGUACUCCAUUUCUAUACGCAGAGUGAUUUUCUUCUUAUUUUUUAGAAAAUUGGUACAAGACGAUUUAAGGAAUUAAAACUCUUAAAACACCACUUUUAUGUUUGUGUCCAGUGAUUAUUUGCUCUUGUUGACCCUGCUGAUCAGUGUACAUUUGUCAGAGCCUGUGUGUAACUUUCAAUUAAACACACUUUUAAGUUUUCAUUUAAA